UGACGUCCCGUGGUUGGCUCCAGCAAUGAUGGCAGCCAUCGGUUGAUAUCUGUAUAAUACUGGAUAUCAACUGUUUAAAAGUUAAAAUAACCCCCCUGACAUCACUACGUCGGUAAAAUUAACAGUUUCGGGGACGUACAGGUUAAAAGCACACACUCGGCCGGUUUGGGGAACGGUAAGUACAGGAGGCUGCAGCGAGCUACAGUCAAGCGUCGCUGACGAUGUUGUCUUGGCACUAUGCCCGCAGCUACUGUGGAUCACAGCCAAAGAAUAUGUGAGGUUUGGGCCAACAACCUGGAGGAAGAACUGAAAAGAAUCAGACAUGUCAUCCGAAAGUACAACUAUAUUGCUAUGGACACAGAGUUUCCAGGUGUAGUUGCCAGACCUAUUGGAGAGUUCAGAAGCAAUGCUGACUAUCAGUACCAGUUGUUGCGCUGCAAUGUGGAUUUACUGAAGAUCAUCCAGCUGGGCCUCACGUUUAUGAAUGAACAGGGUGAAUACCCUCCAGGAACAUCAACAUGGCAGUUCAAUUUUAAAUUCAACCUCACAGAGGAUAUGUAUGCGCAAGACUCCAUCGAGCUUCUGACCACAUCUGGGCUCCAGUUUAAGAAGCACGAGGAUGAAGGCAUCGAGACACUCUACUUUGCAGAAUUACUCAUGACAUCAGGUGUGGUGCUCUGUGACGGGGUCAAGUGGCUGUCUUUCCACAGUGGCUAUGACUUUGGAUAUCUGAUCAAGAUUCUCUCCAAUGCAAACCUGCCUGAGGAGGAGGUGGACUUCUUUGAGAUUCUUCGCUUGUACUUUCCAGUUAUUUAUGACGUCAAGUAUCUCAUGAAGAGCUGCAAAAAUCUGAAGGGUGGGCUGCAAGAAGUAGCGGAGCAGCUGGAACUGGAAAGGAUUGGACCACAGCAUCAGGCAGGCUCUGACUCUUUACUUACCGGCAUGGCUUUCUUCAAGAUGAGGGAGAUGUUCUUUGAGGAUCAUAUCGAUGAUGCAAAGUACUGUGGUCACUUGUACGGGCUCGGUUCUGGCUCCGCCUACGUCCAGAAUGGAACAGGGAAUGCGUACGAAGAGGAGGCGAACAAGCAGCAGUCGUGACGCCACUCUGAAAAGGUUGCCAUCCUGCUGUUUGCGUCCCAGAGUGACUGCGGCACUGAAGCCGAGUUUCAAAACUGGAUGAAGAAAAGGAAAACUUGCACUCAUCAUUUAGCAAGCUGUUUCUCAUUGGCUAUGUUCACCAUAGACAAAUGAACUUGAUGAUCAUUAGGAAGGAAAACAAUCACAGCUGUCUUCACACGAGUUGCUGAUGUGUGCGAGUUUAGUCUUUUAUUCCUACAAAGCAGUGUAGCUGUCUCUUCAGUUCAGUUCAAUUUAACAUGCAGCGCUUGAAAAGAUGGGAUUUUAGUUUCUUUCAGCGUUCUGUAGACAGUUAUGCACUUUAAAGCUCUGAUUUUAUAUGGAAAGUUGACGUUUCUGGUGUGUCUCUGCCUUCUCUACGUGCCCGUUUUACAUUAUGACCACAUAAAUCUUUAAAUCACAGCAACCUUUUUCACCAUGUUCAGCCUUAAUAUUAGAUACAUUCUUUUAAACUUUAAUUUAUUGUGCUGUUCACUGCAAACUGACGUUCAAGAGGUGCCCCGUUCAACACGGAACAGGACACCGUGCUGCUGUGGGCUGUUUAAUUUGUUGAUUAAAAAGGGAGUCUGCAUUGAGU